UGAAAAAGAAAAUUGCUGUCAAAAUAUCAACCGGAGUCCGGAACGAAUAUUCAGUGUCUAUACAUAAUACGUGGCGUUGACGAAAUUAACGUUUCAAGCGUUUAAAAUGAAAAAUUUGUACUUUGUCGGCACAUUUUUGGUGUUGAUGAGACAGCUACACUUCAGUUAUGCAUACUUUAUAACCGUAGAUGCCCAUUCAGAAGAGUGCUUCUUCGACAGAGCCGAAUCAGGAACUAAAUUGGGUUUAAUGUUUGAAACCGUCGAGGGUGGUUUCCUUGACAUUGAGGUUCGUAUCACCGGACCAGACCAAAAAGUGAUCUAUCAGGGCGAGAAGGAAUCUUCGGGAAAAUACACAUUCUCAGCAUACGAAACCGGUAUUUACCAUUACUGCUUUAGUAACAAAAUGUCAACGUUAACUCCAAAGGUCGUUAUGUUCUCAAUGGAAAUCGGAGAAGCACCUAAAGGAACAAUCGGAGCAGUAAACGAAGGAGAAGUAGGUCAUACUAAACUGGAGGACAUGAUCAAAGAGUUAUCUGGUACGCUCACCAGUAUUAAGCACGAACAGGAUUAUAUGCACGUAAGAGAUCGAAUUCAUCGCACAAUCAACGAAAGCACAAACUCGCGGGUUGUGAUGUGGUCUGUGUUUGAAGCGCUCGUACUAGUGGUGAUGACGGUUGGUCAGGUAUACUACCUAAAACGUUUCUUCGAAGUUAAGCGAGUAGUGUAAACAAAAUGCAUGAUAGUCAAUGCAAUUUUGGGCAGAAUCUAUGAUCUAGUUUUAUUUUAGUUUCCUUGUGCUUAAAAAAUAAAACAGUUUGCUUUUCAUUCAAGAUAUA